AUGCAGCCAAUAGACUUUGCGGCUCUUCUUGCUGAAGCGCGAGCUGCUCGCAGGCAGCAGCUGCAGCAGCAGCAGCAAAAGAAGAAUCAGCAGCAGCAACAGCAACAGCAACAGCAGCAGAAACAGCAGCAGCAACAACAAGAGGAGCAGUGUCCUGACGGAGUCGGCUUGCCAGCAGGAAGCAGCAACAGCAGCAGCGCGGCCACCUGCUGCAGCAGGAAUCCAGUGAGCAGCAACAGCAGCAGCAGCAACAGCAGCAGCAGCAACAGCAGCAGCAGCAACAGCAGCAGCAGCAGCAGCAGUACCAGCAACAGCAGCAGCAGCAACAGCAGCACCAACGACGAACAAAAUGCCCCGCUGCAGUGGUCAAGCUGCAGCACUUCAUUUGUAUUUAAUUUGCUGCAGACGCAGAAGCCGAUUCAGCAGCACCAGUUGCUGCAGCAGUUGCAGCAGCAGCAGCAACAACAACAGCAGCAGCAACUUCUGCUGCUAGACCUCCGCAGCGCGGAUGCCUUCAACAACUGCCACAUAGCCCAGGCAACGCAUGCACAGACGCUUCUGCAGCAGCUUCUUUUGCUGCAGCAGCAGAAGCAGCAGAAGCAGCAGCAGCAGAAGCAGCAGCAGCAGCAGCGAGUGCGUGUAAUUGCUUAUGCAGAGGAUGAAGAGGCAACGCGGCGCCUCUUGGCAGCACCUGAGCAGCAGCCGGGCAGCAGCAGCAGCAGCAGCAACAGCAGCAGCAGCUACAGCAGGGUGUACCAGCUGCUGCGGCUGCUGCAGCAGCAGCAGCUGCUGCUGGAGCUGCGGUGUAUACCGCAGGGUUUUGUCGGGUUUUGUUUAGACUAUGGCUUCCUUUGCCUCAGCAGUGCAGCAGAAGCAGCAGCAGCAGAGCGGAUGCAUGCAGCAGCAGCAGCAGCACUAAUGAGUUACCCCCAGGAAAUCCUUCGAGGCCCACCAGCAGCAGAACCAGCAGCAGCAGCAACAGCAGCAGCAGCAGCAGCAGCAGCAGUGCCUUUCAAAGGCAACGCGUCGGUUGAAAGGCCCUCUGUAUGGCGCCCAGCAGCAGCUGCUGCUGCUGCUUCCGCCUCCCCUGCUGCUGCUGCUGCGCUGCUGCGGUACUCUAUCGAUGUUAAUGAUAUGCUGCAGCAGGUGCUGCAGCGACUGGGCGCCACUGGCUGCAGCUGCAGCAACAGCAGCAGCAGCAACAGCAGCAGUUUUUGCUCGGGGUCUGUGUUGAUUGUAGCGGAUGAUGAUGCAUGCAGCCGCAGCGCAGCAACCCUAAUCCUUGCUGCUGCCAUCAGCAGCAGCAGUAUCAGCAGCAGCAGCAGCAACAGCAGCAGCGGCGGCAGCAGCAGCAGCAGCAAGGACCCGAUGGGCGCUCUAGCACAAGUGCUGCGCAGGUGGAAGGAUGCGGUGCUGCUGCCGCAGCACAUGCAACAGCUGAGGCGCUGCAGCAGCAGCAGCAACAGCAUCAGCAGCAGCAGACGCAACGUGGCCACCCGCAGCAGCAGCAGCAGCAGAAGCAGCAGCACAGGAGAGGAGGAUGACCUGCUGCUGCAGCAAGCAGUGACAGAGACCCUCGCUCUGUAUACAGCACCGCAAACCCCACGCCUCUCUGCAGCAGCAACAGCAGCAGCAGCAGCAAACAAUGUUGCUGUUGCUGUUGCUGCUGCUUUUCAAGCCGCUCUCAUCAGGUUGCUUCAGUUUGAGGGCUUAGAUGAUACAGCCGAUCAGCAGCAGCAGCAACAGCAGCACCAGCAGCAACAGCAGCAGCACCAGCAGCUAGACAUUGCAGCAGAUGCUUUGGUCAGGGCAUUGUGCAGAGGGGAGGAAGAUGCAGCAGCAGCAGCAAUUAGCAGCUUUGCUGCUGCGGGGCUUCAGCCUGCAGCAGCAGCAGGAACAGCCAAUCCCUGGUGCUGCUGCUGGUGGCUGCUGGCGGACCUCAUUGGAAUACUCUGCGUGCAGCAGCAGCAGCAGCAGCAGCAGCAGCAGCAGCAGCAGCAGGUACAGCAACAGCAGGUGCUCGGCGGGUUGCUGCUGCUACUAGAACGGGGGCUCCUGUUGAAAGAUACGUCUGUAGCAGCAGCAGCAGCAGCAGCAGACUGCUGCUGCCCCACAGGCAUUGCGCUCUUGAAUGCCACCAUCUUGUGGCAGCAGCAGCAACAGCAGCAGCAGAAGCAGCGCGAGCUGCUGCAGCACCAGGGAGAACAGCUGCAGGAGAUGCUGCUGCAGUUUUUGGGCGCUGAGGGCUCCGCGCUGCUUACAGCAGCAGAGGCAGCGACCCUAAGUAACAGCAGCAGCAGCAACAGCAGCAACAGCAACAGCAGCAGCAGCAGCAGCAGCAGCAGCGGAGAGGUCCUCUAUGGCAUUUCUACUGAGGGGCUCCGUUGCAGUGCAGUCGCCCUGUACUGCUUCUUCUUGCAGCCUUUGCUGCUUGCUGUGCUGCAGCAGAAGCAGCAGCAGCAGCAGCAGCAGCAGCACAGGGAGCUGCAGCAGAGACUGAAGCUGCUACGACUGUCAGUGUGGGGUGAUAAAAUCCCCUCUCUUGCUGCAGCAAGUGCAGCAGCAACUGCAGCAGCGCCAGCUGUCUCCCUCCUUACCAGCAGCAGCAGCAACACCAGCAGCAGCAGGAGCAACAGCAGCAGCAGCAGCAGCGCAGUGCCCGACACGCUGCAGACCGUGCUGCGGCCGUUUGUGCUGCUGCUGGAUGAGCUUAGCAGCAGCGGCAGCAGCAGCGAGCAGGAUAGCAGCAAAUUGUUUCGCGGCUGGGGUAUACAUACAGCUGAGGACUGUCUUUAA